AUGAGCAGUGAACUCAGCGCCCUGCUGAACGGUCAGCGUGAUCUUCACGGUCGCAUGUCCCGUUCUGUGGACAACCUGAAAAAGAUGGGAGCAAGUAACAUCACACCAAGCGCCAUCGAAACACGCAUUAAGCUGUUAGAUCAGAUGUGGGCCAAUGUCGAAACGCAGCACGAUCUCAUUCGCGCUGCCUACAAGGAGAGGUACGAUGAGACUCCGACCGGGGAGCGAAGUAACGAGCAUGCCUCGAAAACCGCUUUGUCUUGCAUCAAACUGCCACAGUUUUCAGGGGCGUACGAAGACUGGUCGACUUUCCGCGACCUCUUCUUAUCGGUCAUCGGAGACAACUCGUCGAUAUUCAAUGUCGAGUGGUUCCACUACCUCCGAUCGUGCCUGCAGAGGUCCGCUGAAAAGUUAAUUCGACCGUUAGCUGUGACCGGUGAGAAUUACACCCGCGCGUGGGCUUUCUUAGAAAAGCAUUACGAGAAUAAAAAAGAACUGAUACACUCCAAUUUCGCCGCGUUUACCGCCGUGGCAAAAAUAAAGGCAGAUACCGCCGAAGAGCUCAGCCGCGUCUACCACGCUGUGACCGCUGCCGUGAAUGCCCAGGAGAGCAUCGGAAGGCCCAUCGAAACUCACGGCAUGGAUCUGUUCAAUCACCUGAUCAUCGACCUGUUCGAUCCGCGCACACGACUCGAGUGGGAGUCAUCGACCUGCGACUUCCUCAACCCUCCAGAGCACGACACACUGCUGAACUUUCUCACUAAGCGGAUCCUCACACUGAACGCCGCGAAGCCGAGGAGCGCCGCGAAGGUCACCGGCGAUGCCUCACGAUCCGCGAAGUCGCACUUCACGAAGUACGGGUCCAGCUCUUCACUCUGUGCCCUUUGCAAGGAGCACCACUCUAUCAUGCAGUGCAGUGGGUUCAAGGCAAAGUCCGCGAGUGACCGGAAGUCCUUUGUUGAAGCAAACAAAUUGUGCUACAACUGCCUCGGCAACCACCCAGUCGCACGAUGCCAGUCGACGAAGAACUGCUUCACGUGUAAGGCACGCCAUCACACCAUGCUACACGACGCCCACGCGUCACCCAAACCCGCUAAGGUCACUGCACUGUCCGCGACAAGGGAGAAAAACGAUGGCAAGGCCAUCCUUCUCGCCACCGCUCGAGUGCUCGUCGCCGAUCGCCACGGAGAUACCCACGAAGUUCGAGUCCUGAUUGACCAAGGUUCGGAAGUGUCCAUCAUCUCCGAAGCUCUGGCACAAAGGUUGCGGCUGCUGCGAUCGCGCAGCAAGAUAUCGGUCGUCGGAGUCGGAGGUGCACAAUCGGGAUCAACCCGCGGAAGGGUCACUCUAGAGCUCACCUCGAGGGUAACCGGAGCAAAGCUCAGCGUCAUGGCCUUCGUGCUUCCACGCCUCUCGCUAUACCGAGGCUCCACCAGGGAGAGCCCGGGUGUCUGGCGACACGUCCAAGGACUCCCGCUAGCUGACCCGCAGUACUACACCAGUGAUCCCAUCGAGCUGCUUCUCGGAGCCGAAGUUUGCUCGGUCAUCUUCGAAGACGGCCUCCGAAAGGGCGGGCCUCAAGCUCCGAUCGCACAGCGGACCACGCUGAGGUGGAUCCUGUCGGGAGGUUGCGGAACAACAUCCCUGAACACGCAGCGUAGCUCGCUCCAAUGCACUGCCGACCAUGACCUGGCCGAGCUGCUGCAGCGCUUCUGGGAGCAAGAGAAGGAACCUUCCGCCGCCGCCACAUUCACGCCUGAAGAACAACGUUGCGAGGACUUCUUACAAACUCACGAGCGCACCCCCGAAGAACGAUACAUGGUGCGACUGCCGUUUUCCUCCGCUCCAACAGCGCUCGGCGAAACUCGCAGACCAGCCGAGCGACUCCUCGCAGCGAUGGAGAGGAAGUGCGCCCAAGAUUUGCGGUUCGGUGAGCUCUACCGCACGUUCAUGCACGAGUACCACGACUUGCAGCACAUGGAACUCGUGAAUGCACCACUGGGAAGAGAGGAGCACACGUGCUACUUGCCGCACCAUGGGGUGCUCUGCGAGUCAAGUGCCACCACAAAACUCCGCGUCGUCUUCAACGAGUCACAACGCACAAGGUCCGGUAAGUCACUGAACGCACAUUUUUUCGUUGACACGAAUCUUCUGCCCGCGCUCUCCGACGUCGUGCUGCGCUGGUGA